AUGGAAGGGGACGCCCCACCCAUUUGGCCAGAGUCCACCUCCAACCUUCGCCGCCGAUCGUCCCCGCCGAUUCUCAAUCCGGUGGUGCUAAUCUUACUGUUGCCAAUCCUUACAUUGCUUGUCAUUUUUUUCUUGAUACCCCCAUUAAUUUCUCACACCUCUCAUGUCCUCCGUCCCAACUCGGUGAAGAAGAGCUGGGACUCACUCAACAUUCUACUUGUAUUGUUUGCUAUUCUCUGUGGAGUUAUUGCCAGGAGAAACGACGACGUGCCGGCCAGCAAUGAGGGCGACGGUAGCGUUGCUUCAAAUGCUUCUUUCGCUACUAAAUCUCAGGCUUCAAGUUCGAGUCAAUGGUUCGAGGAUUCUGAUCGCAGAGCGUAUGGUUCUCCGGUGAUGGAGGCAGAGCCAACCGCUGGUGGCCGCUUGAGGAGGAGAAGCUCGUAUCCGGAUCUGAGGCAAGUCCAGUGGUGGGAGACCGGAGAUAAUCAGUUCCGGUUUUUUGAUGAUUCCGAACUGUACAUGGACCGAUCGUCGCCCGCUCCGCAGCCCCUUCGCCGCCGUGAGCGGCGGAGUGAGGUGGAGAGGGAUGAUUCUGAUAUUAAAGUCAUUCCGGUGGACAGAUUUGAAGUUCGUGAUUCAACUAGCGCUCCUCCACCGCCGAAGUCGCCGCCGCCGCCGCCUCCUCCUCCCCGGCCUCGUCCGCCGCCGGAGAGCUUGAAACCUAGGCGAUCACUUCGAAGUGCUCCACGAGAAAAACGAAGCGACAGUGAGUUUCAUUUUGUCCAAAACCGAUCUCCGCCUACUACGCCGCCGCCGGCACAGCCAGAGUUGCACCGAGCGGAAGAAAAGAAGAUGAGCAGAAGUGACCGGAAAAAGAGUGGCUCCGCGAAGGAACUCGCAAGUGCUAUAGCUAGUUCCAUAUACAGUCAGAGAAAGCGAAAGAGGAAGCAGAAGACUAGGAACAUUUAUGACAAUUCACAUCAGUCUCCACCAUCUUCUCUGCAUUCAGUGCCGCCACCGCCUCCUCCUCCUCCGCCUCCUCCACCGUCGGUCUUCCAUAACCUGUUCAGAAAAGGAAACAAAAAUAAGCGAGUUCAUUCCGUUUCCCCUCAUCAUCCGCCGCCGCCGCCCCCGCCCCCUCCUCCACCGCCGCGUUCAAUGUUCAAUAAUAUCUUCAAAACUGGAAGCAAAAAUAAGCGAGUCCAAUCUCCCUUCUCGUCUACUCCGCCACCGCCUCCUCCUCCACCGCCUCCUUCAUCGAUCUUCAACAGCAUAUUCAAAACCGGUAUCCGAAGUAAGCGCUUUCACUCAGUCUCCACUACUCCACCGCCACCGCCACCGCCAGAACCUCCAAUAUCAACACCCACAUUCAGACGAACAACUCAAAUGCCGCCACCUCCCCCGCCACGCACUCCUCCACCGGCGCCGGAGACACCACGGGGGGGAACCGCCGGCCGGCCGCCGUUGCCCACGAAAGUGAGUGGCUACUACGAAGUAGACGGGAAUGUGAACGAUGGCGGGCAGUCCCCGGCGAUCCCAGUUCCUCCGGCACCGCCUCCGCCGCCGUUCGGAAUGCCGGAGAUGAAGUUUGUGGCGCGGGGUGAUUUUGUUAGUGUACGGAGCUCCCAUAGCUCUCGCUGCAGUUCUCCUGGUUUAGAUGACGUCGACGCUUCAUCAGAGGGGAUGGACGGUAGAGAUGCGACCUGUCCAAGCCCAGAUGUUAACAUAAAGGCCGAUUCCUUUAUUGCUAUGCUGAAGGGUGAAUGGAGAUUGGAGAAGAUGAACUCAAUGCGAGAGAAGUGGAACAUGGGCCAGGGCCCAGGCCCAAGAACCCACCAGGUUUGA